CCCGGAUAGGUGGAAGAAAAUGGAUGAAUGGAUGGAUAAUAGUGGAAGUAUGAAUGUUAGUUUAUCAAAUAUAACAGAUUAUAUAAAAUGGACAAAAAAAAUUUAUAUAGCAGCAGUUUGAGACAUGGCUCAAUGAUGAAAAUAUAAAAAUGUUCACAUUGAGUGGUAUGGACUGUAUCCUAUGAACUGAAGCAGUAGAAGAGGUGGUGGAGUCGUUUUAUUUAUUUCCAAGGGAUGACACGACCGUAGAUCAAUAGAUGACCUGACAGUGGAUCCUUAGAUGACCCGAUUGGGAACCAAUAGAUGACCCAACCAUGGACCAAGAGAUGACAUGACUGUGGACAAAGAGAUGACCAAGCUGUGGAUCAAUAGAUGACCCGACCGUGGACCGAGAGAUGACCUGAGAGUGGAUCAAUAGAUGACCCGACAGUGGAUCGAUAGAUGACCUGAUCGAGGACAAAUAGAUGACCCGACCGUGGAUCAAUUGUAACCUGGCAGUGGAUCAAUAGAUGACCCAAUCAGGGACCCAUAGAUGACCUGACCGUGGACCCAGAGAUGUCACAACUCUGGACCAAGAGAUGAAAUGACUGUGGACCAAUAGAUGACCCAACAGUGGAUCGAUAGAUGACCCGAUUGAGGAAAAAUAGAUGACCCGAACAUGGAUCAAUAGAUGACCUGACAGUGGAUCCUUAGAUGACCCGAACGGGGAUCAAUAGAUGACCCGACAGUGGAUCCUUAGAUGACCAGAUCAGGGACUAAUAGAUGACUCAACCUUGGACCAAGAGAUGACCUGACCGUGGACCAAGAGAUGACACAACUGUGGGCCAAAAGUUGACCCUACUGUGGCUCAAUAGAUGACCCRACCAUAGAUCAUCAGAUGACCCAGCAGUGGAUCGAUAGAUGACCUGACCGUGGAUCAAUAGAUGGCCCGACUGUGGAUCCUUAGAUGACCCGAACAGGGAUCAAUAGAUGACCCAACCGUGGAUCAAUAGAUGACCCGACAAUGGAUCCUUAGAUGACCUGAACGGGGAUCAAUAGAUGACCCGACCUUGGAUCAAUAGAUGACCCAAUCAGGGACCAAUAGAUGACCCGACCAUGGACCAAGAGAUGACCUAACCUUGGAUCAAGAGAUGACAUGACUGUGGACCAAGAGAUGACCCGACCAUGGACCAAGAGAUGACAUGACUGUGGACCAAGAGGUGACCCAACUGUGGACUGACUAAUAGUAGAUGUGAGUCUGGACCAAGGGGAAAAUAACCUAACUAGAGAAAGUUUAGAUAAUCUGUUUGUUCUCUGAAUAAACUGGGCUUAUUUGUCUGCCUUUCAUUCUUCAUCAGCAGACAAUCUUGAUGACAAAAACAUUUACUGUCAUUUAUAAAGAUGAAAAGACAAACAGGAAUCUACAGCUGGAUCUUCAGGGACCUGGAUAAUGCUGCCUCAGUCUGGUUCUUCCUCUGAAAUGAGAGACAAUAAAAAGCUGCUCUGUCUCUUUAACAGAGUUUUUUCUGGCUCCUCCYCUUUAACAGCUCAGACMGACACAAGGAAGUAAAAGUGAAAGUAAUAAAAACUGGGCUUKGCUUCUUGUGUAACACAUUUAGUUGUUACAGUUACAGUUCUUCAGAGGUGAAACUAGCAGCAAGAACCCAAAUGGAUUCCAGAAAGUUCUCCUGUUCCAUCUGUUUGGAUCUCCUGCAGGAUCCGGUGACUAUUCCCUGUGGACACAGCUAUUGUCUGAGCUGUAUUAAAGAGUUCUGGGAUGGAGAGGAUCAGAGGAGAGUCUGCAGCUGCCCUCAGUGCAGGAAGGACUUCAUACCGAGGCCUGUUCUGGUAAAAAGCACUGUGUUAGCAGAGCUGGUGGAGGAGCUGAAGAAGACUGGACUCCAAGCUGCUGCAGCUGAUCACUGCUAUGCUGGAGCUGAAGAUGUGUCCUGUGAUGUCUGCUCUGACAGGAAACUGAAAGCGGUCAAGUCCUGCCUGGUGUGUCUGGCCUCUUAUUGUGAGAAACACCUCCAACCUCACUAUGAAGCUCCACCGUUACAGAAACACAAGCUGGUGGAGCCCUCCAAGAAGCUCCAGGAGAACAUGUGUCCUCGUCAUGAUGAGGUGAUGAAGAUCUUCUGUCGGACUGAUCAGCUGUGUAUCUGUUAUCUCUGCGCCAUGGACCAACAUCGAGGACAUGAAACGGUGCCGGUUACAGCUGAAAGAGCUGAGAAGCAGAAGGAGCUGGAGCAGACCAGACAACAAAUCCAGCUGAGAAUCCAGGAGCGACAGAAAGAUGUGAAGCUGCUCCAACAGGAGGUGGAGGCCAUCAAUGUCUCUGCUGAUCAAACAGUGGAGGACAGUGAGGCGAUCUUCACUCACUUUGGUCUGAGUUCAGACAUGUCUGCUGGCAGCAACCUGAGGUCUGAGGAUCAGUUCCKGUGCUCCAUCUGUCUGGACCUGUUCACUGAUCCGGUCAGCACACCAUGUGGACACAACUUCUGUAAAACCUGCAUCAGUCAACACUGGGACAGUAAUGUUCUGUACGACUGUCCUCUGUGUAAAGAACGGUUCAACACCAGGCCUCAGCUCAGAGUCAACACUUUACUGAGAGAGAUGGUUGAUCAGUUCAGACAUGAAGCUCAACAAGCUGCAGAACCAGGAGAAGUUCCCUCUGACAACUGGACCCAGGUCAGAGUUGAUCCUCCAUCAUAUGAGGGGACUGUGGUGAGAACUGUGCUUCAGCUGGAGGAGGAGGUCAGGGAGAUCAGGGAGAAGAUGAAGAAGAUGAUGUUUGAGGCUGAGCUGAAGAGAGUCCAGAAGUUUGACGUGGAUCUGACUCUGGAUCCUAAAACUGCUCAUCCUUACCUCAUCCUGUCUGAUGAUGGAAAACAAGUUCACCAGGGAGAUGUGAAGAAGAAACUUCCAGACAAUCCAGAGAGAUUUACUAACUGGGUUUCUGUUUUAUCAAAUCAGAGUUUCUCUUCAGGCAGAUUUUACUUUCAGGUUCAGGUUAAAGGAAAAACUGAGUGGGAGUUAGGAGUGGUCAAAAAGUCCAUCAAGAGGAAGGGAAUUAUAUCUUGGAAUCCUCAAAAUGGUUUCUGGACUCUUCAGCUGAUAAAUAGAAAUCUGUACUCAGCUUCUGCUGAUCCUCCAGUCCCUCUCAGUCUUGAUCCUGGUCCUGAGAAGGUGGGGGUGUUUGUGGAUUAUCAGGAGGGUCUGGUCUCCUUUUAUGAUGUUGAUGCUGCAGCUCUGAUCUACUCCUUCACUGGCUGCUGCUUCACUGAACCACUCUACCCAGUCUUCCGUCCUUACCCUAAUGAUGGAGGUAAAAACUCAGUUCCUCUGAUCAUCUGUCCUGUCAAUCAAUCAGCCUGAUGUUCAAAAGUCAACAGUUAAGUUCAGCUGGAUUUAUUUAUUUUCUCCACAUUUAUCUAUUUAGGUUUGAUCUCAGAAACAACAUACCAUCUUUACUUAUAUAUUUUUAGUUUUUCUCUCAAAUGUUCAGUUUCUUAUCAAACUUUUAAGAAUUUUAAAAUCAAACUGCAGACUAAAGUUGACGAGUUUACCAAUCAUCCUGCUUCAGAUGUUUGUUUUUCUUAUCACAGCUGUAAAUAUGGAGUCUGAUGAUUAUUGAAUAAAAGAUUUAACAAAAUUUUUGUUUUAUUUGUCUGGUUUGGGGACAGAGACGUGGAACUUCUUCAUAAUCUCUGUGAGGUCAACCCUUCUGCCAUUAAAGUGAUUCAGUAUUUUAAAAAAGUCUGGUYGGUCAGGUGCAGAAACAAAUCAAACACAGAAAAUAACAAAAUGAGUUCACCAGGAAAACAAAGAGAAACUAACUCCUCUUUGAGAAGGUGUCUCCGUCCCCCUCAGAGACGAGACGUCUCCUCAAAGAGACGUUUCAUCUGUUAACAGGAUUUACUUCAGGAUCAAUAACUCCUCCUCCAUCACCGCAGAAACAUAUUUCCUCCUCGACUCGGACCCAGAAACACAGACAGACUCCUCUGAUGUGAACCCUGGUGGGUAUUUCACACCCCCUCCUCCACCCUGUCAGUUCUACCCCCCU